AUGCAAGAGGUGAUCGCGCGUCGGCCGCGGCACGGCCGUGACGACGUUGGCGUCAGCGACGCGCACGACGUGAGCGAGGCAGUGUCCAUGUUGCCGGCGUCGAUGCCGCGGCAGCGCUCGCUGCCUGAGCGUUAUGUGCGCGUUGCAAUGGACAAGCUCUGGUCGCUGGUGUUCCUGACCGUCGCGUCGCUCGGGCUGUUUGAAGCGCAUUUUGGGACGGAUAUAGUCCACGCGGCUUCUGCGCGUCGCACGUUUGUGCAUUUGGGCGUUUUGUGGGGGACGCUGGUCGGCGUCUUUGGUGGGUACAUUGAAGUGUACCGAAACGUAGUGUUAGGGGAACACGUGCGGUACGAGAGCGUGAAAACCGCGACGCACGGCAUGCUCGCGUCGAUGUUGCUGUCGGGCCUUUGUUUGACCAUUGGCAUGUGGCCAGUGUGGCACUGGCUCACGCUGCCGUACCUGAUGAUGUGGUCCUGGGGCGUCGUCGUCCAGCUGCUGGUGAUCCUACCGCCAGUGUUGCAACGAGUCGUCUUUGUCGGGGCCUACUGUUGGUUCAUGUACUCGUACCUCUCUGCGUAUCUUUUGUAA